AUGGAGGAAGAAAGUUUCGGGGCCGACCAAGCCGACGUGGAUUUGUUCUCUAACUCAACGGAGCUGAAAAGCACAGAGGAAAGUUAUAGAGAAGAGAGACCGUAUAAGUGCAAUCAGUGUGACAAGAGUUAUCGACAUGCUGGCAGCUUGGUAAACCAUAAGAAAACUCAUCAGGUUGGCCUUUACAGUUGUCUCAUCUGCCAGAAGGAGUUUUCCAACCCCAUGGGCUUGAAAAGUCACUUGCGCACACACUCUGAGGACAAGCGUUUCAAGUGCGAGCAGUGUGGAGAGGCAUUUCGUAUGUCACAGCAGCUUUACAACCACCGAAGGUCUUCGCAUGGUUUUUUCUCAGUCUCUAGUGCUGAAAGCUUAGGAAGAAACCACAAAGUUGAUGUGCAAACUCCUAUCUCAGUGGAUAGUAGCAACUUAAUUAGUAACUUGGAAAACUAUAUUGCUGAAUCCAUGGUGCCAGGAGACUUUACUCAAGUUGUUUCAAAGUAUUACCAAGAUGGAAAUUCACCGGCGGAGGAACAUGCAAAAGAUGACACUGUAAUUCAACAGGGGUCUACAGAAGAACCUAGGGAAGAACUGACACCCAAUGACAACACAGAGGAAUAUCGUUAUAAAUGUAAUCAGUGUGAGAAAGCAUAUAAACAUGCAGGCAGUCUUGCAAACCACAGGCAAAGCCAUAUGGUGGGUUUGUACCAGUGUGCGAUCUGCUUUAAGGAGUUCUCCAACCUCAUGGCCAUGAAAAACCAUUGCCGCCUUCAUUCAGACUCCAGACAGAGAUGCAAAUCCCCUCGAUAUACUGCAAAACUUGGUGGCCCUCUGUUUGGACCUACAGAUACACUACAAAGCGAUAUAUUGCAUGCUAAUGAUACUAUGGACAAACAUGAGGGUCUGCCUACUGUAGUUCAGGUUUCCGAAAGCAGUAAUUAUGAGGAAGACAAAGAAAAGUUACCUUCACCAAUUCAGAAGCUCCAAGAUGAUUUUCAUCCCGAUUCACUCUGUUCAGAACAGAUGCCACAGCAUUCAAGCAAGGACAGUAUGGUACGAGAGGAAGAAAAUACAGAGGAUCCUGAUUCAACCUUCGCAUCAGAGGAAGCUGGUCAGCAGUCUGAGCAGCAGCAAUGUGAUGAAACACUUGAAGAAGAGGGCAAGCCUGGAGAUUCAGAAACUAGACCGUUUAGGUGCCAAGAGUGUGGAAAGACUUACAGACAUGCUGGAAGUCUCAUAAAUCACAAAAAAACUCACCAAACAGGAGUGUAUGCUUGUCCCGUGUGUUCUAAGCAGAUGUUCAAUGUUGCUGCCUUAAAUAACCAUUUUCGAGCGCACUUUAAGUCUAGACCAGGGAGGAAGGUGGAGGAUAACUACUUUCAUCCAGCUAGCUUCUCUGAUCUCUUCCAAAAUCCAGAAGACCCUUUCCAGUGUAGAAUCUGUGGUGAAUGUUUACCUAAUGAGAGUGAUUUUUUGCAACAUCAAGUAAUCCAUCAAGAGGAAGCAAUAAAAGAAUCCUACAGCGAUACACAAAACAUAGAGGAGGCUCUUGAAUCGGGCACUUACUGGCCUGAAAAUCCUCAAGUAUCCCAAAAUAACAGUGACACCUCUGGCGCUAGCAUGCCAAACUCUGUGAAGCAUGAGAUGGGGGAACUUGCUCAACAACAAACACUGCAUCAGUGGACACAUGAGGAGACAUUAACUACCCCACUUGAAGGAACACCACAAAGCAAUGCUGGUAAAAUCCAAGAUGCAUCCAGUGACUUUGAACAGCAUACAUUAGAAGAGACAGUCUUUAAAGAGGAGUCUUCUCAAUUAGAGGGGCAUGAUAAAUCACCAGCAGAUAGGCCCUAUAAGUGUGAACCUUGUGGAAGGACAUACCGGCACAAAAGCAGCUUAAUAAACCAUAAGCUCACACAUAAGACGGGAAUAUUUCAAUGUUCUCUCUGCCCAAAGCAAUACUCCAAUCUGAUGGCCCUUAGAAACCACCUUCGCUUCCAUAGUCGGUCAUAUGCAGGUCGUAGGGGAAUCUUAUCUAGAAGGGGCCGUCAGUAUUUUCGUGGUAGGCCCAAAUUCUUGCAAAAUAAGACUGUCCACUCUGUGAAGUCAAAUGAGAAUAUGUUCCCCCAAACAGAUGCUAAUGAUACAGCUGGUAAUGGAUCUUUGACACAAAUCUCUUGCUCCUGUGGAGAAUCCUUUGACUGUACAGAGAGUUUUCAGUGUCACAGCCAGAUUUGUGGAAACUCAACACAGGUCCCUUGCUCUAUACAGCCACCCAUAGACCUUAACAAAGAGGAAACUCUGACUGAUCCUCAUAAUGCUUGUAAAACCACAGAGAAACUGGGAUCUCAAGUUAAGAUUCUUGAAGCCUCAGAAUAUCAAGGUAGGCGGAUAUAUGAAUGUGACCUUUGCAACAAGUCAUACCGGCAUUCAGGGAGCCUAAUCAACCACAAAAGAACCCACCAAACCGGCGACUAUAUGUGCCCUUAUUGUUCCAGGCAUGUUCACAACAUGGCUGCCUUAAAAAAUCACAUAAGAAUCCACCACAAAGUUAAAAAUCGCCAAAUUGGGGAAAUGCACGACAGUUCUAGAUUUCUCUAUCCUGAUCUCGGUUACCCCCAUCCAGGUGCUAAGAACUUAUAUGGCUGCGUUAGUUGCGAAGAGAUCUUUCAUAGUGAAGAUGAUCUUGUUGCCCACCAAAUGGUGCACAUGGCUCUAGAGGGAGAUCCAUGGGAUCCGAAGGUACAAGAAGCCAAUAGAGCAGAGAAUGACAAAAAUCGUUUUUUAGAAAAUGUUAGUGACUCUGAAUGGGAACAAUCUAUUAACUCGGACAUCCAUGGGGCUGAGAAUCAUGGAAACGGAGAGCUCAUCUCGGAAGACUAUAGUAAUCAUAUUGAUUACACAUGCAUAGAAUGUGGGGAAGUUUACAGCAGUAUUGAAGACUUAAACAGCCAUAAACUUACCCAUCAAAUUGGCAUUUAUCAGUGUUCAUUUUGCCCUAAAGAGUAUCCAAGUCUUCAAGCACUGAAGGAUCAUUUUCAGUCUCACACAAAACCUCAUGCUCUCAGGAAUGCUGGAAAAGACCAUUCCAAUGGGACUGAGUCAAAUGACAUUGUGCAAGACCAGCUAAAUUUUGCAAUUUGUUACGACUGCGGCCAUUGCGGUUUGGUUUUCUCCAAUGAAGUCGACUUUCACCAGCACCAGGUUGCACACGAAAAGCAAGUGAAGGAAGAGUCACUUCCUGUACUUGAUGCCGAGGGAAAGGAGACAGAAUUUUCAUUCCCUAUGGAUUCAACAGAGAGGGAGUUGUUAAGAAGAAUAAAGAGUGAACUAGAGGAGGCUGACCACACUGAGGUUCCAGAUGGAAGUUCCCAGCUUUCCCAUAUAUGUGGUUACUGUGGCCAAACUUAUGAUGACCUAGAGAGCUUACAGGCCCAUAGCUUGAGUCAUGAUACUGAAGAAAAGCUUUUGCCAAAUGAAAGCAUUAACAGUGAUGCAGAUAUUCAAGAUAACGAUCCCCAACAGACUGCAAUGGUGGAGGAGGAGAAUUCUGGUGAAUCAGCUAAGAACGAUGAAAGCCAAGAGAACCGACCUUAUACGUGUAAUCAGUGUGGGAAAAGCUAUAGACAUGGCGGAAGUUUAGUAAACCAUAAAAAGACUCAUUUAGUUGGCAAUUUCCAAUGUGUAGCAUGUUCUAAACAGUAUCCUAACAUGGCCGCUUACAUUAACCACUUGAGGCACCAUCCAGAAUGUAAAAAGCAGGUAGCAGUGAACAGUCAACACGAAUCUAAUGCUUCAGAUCUUCAUGGCUUUCCAUCCACAACUAGAGAAGGUGGGCAUUUGAAUAUUUCCCCUUGUGCUGUCUUACCCAAUCCUAUAUCCAAUGUUCUACCAUGUGACUUUAAACCAUGCAUAGACACUUUAUCUAUAGAUGAUUCCUGCUUUGAUCAUUCCAGUACUCAAGUUAACUUCCAAACUCCAGCAAACCAUUCUAAACUCUCCUGGAAGCGUUGUUCAAGAGGAGGUGAAAAGAGAAAUGACCCAGUGACGAGCACACCUCUUGAAGGUGGGAACACAUCUGUCACAUGUGGGUCUGAUGUAGAUGACAAACCAUUGCAAACUCGUAAAACUUUCUUUGGGGUUAAAGCAUUAUCACUACGUAUUGCUGGUAAUUGUAGAAGAAGCAGUGAAUUAGAAAUAGUACGACAUACAGAAGACACCAUAAAAUAUGAAAUUCCAUCUCUGGCAAGUUCAAGUUAUAACCAGAAUGAAGUUGAGGGUGCUGAAGAUAAACCUUUGUCAAAUGAAAGUAGUAAUAGCGAUGCGGAUAAUCAAGAUACCGAUCUCCAACAAACUCCAGUGGUGAAGGAAGAGGAACACUCUGACAAAACUAUGAACGAGGAAAGCCAAGAGAACCGACCUUAUGCUUGUAAUCAGUGUGGAAAGAGCUAUAGAUAUGGAGGAAGUUUAGUAAACCAUAAAAAGACUCAUGUAGUUGGCAAUUUCCAAUGUGUAGCAUGUUCUAAACAGUACCCCAACAUGUCAGCUUACAUUAACCACUUGAGGCACCAUCCAGCGUGUAAGCAGCAGAUAGCAGCGAACAGUCAACAUGAACCUAAUGCUUCAGACCUUCACGACUGUCCAUCAACUACUGGAGAAGGAGGGCAUUUGAACUUUUCCCCUAGUGCUCCCUUGCCCGAUCAGUUUGCGUCUGAUGUUUUACCAAGUGAUUUUAAAUCGUGCAUAGACACUUUAUCCAUAGAUAAUUCCUGCUUGGAUAAUUCCAGUACUCAAUUGAACUUCCAUACUCCAACAAAACAUGCUAAACUCUCCAGGAAGCAAUGUGCAAGACGAGAUGAAAAGAGAAAUGACACAGCAACAAGCCCAUGUCUCAAAAGUGAGAGCACGUCUGUCAAAUGUGGUUCUGAUGUAGAUGACAAAUCAUUACAAACUGGUAAAUUAUCUGGCAAAACUUUCUUUGGGGUUAAAGCUUUGUCAUUGCGUCUUGCUGGUAAUUGUAAAAGAAGUCAUGAGACGGAGCUAGUAAGACAUUCAGAAGAGACCGUAAAAGCGGAAGAAGAUGAACUUCCAUCUCUAGCUAGUUCAAGUCAUAACCAGAAUGAGGUUGGGGGUAGCUUUCACCAUCGUCCCUUCCGUUGUGAAGUGUGUGGCAGGAGUUAUAGACACGCAGGGAGCCUAAUAAACCAUAAACAGACACAUAAAACUGGGGUUUUUCGCUGUUCCAUUUGUCAGAAGCGCUUCUUCAACCUCAUGGCCAUGAAGAAUCACAACCGCAUCCACUUCGAGUUGAAGAGACACAAGUGCCUGGAUUGCGGCAAAGCUUUUCGGCUACGUAAGCAAUUGGACACUCACCAAAGAUUACACUGGCAAAGGGCUGCAGUAAGGAAGUCCGGUAGACGCAACCGUCUGAGCACGAGAUGUAGAAAAUUUGCUCAAACUCAGCGGCUUAAGGCCACACCUCUUUGUGAAGACAUUGCUUUAGAUCAAGCUGAUUGUUCUGGUAAGAAGAGCUCCAAUUCUUUUGUGAAACGGAAACUAGAUCCUGAUUCCCGUCCUUACCAGUGUGAGGAAUGUGGGAGGUCAUAUAGGCAUGCAGGAAGUUUGUUCAACCACAAGAAAAGCCACAAGAUGGGUCAGUACUGUUGUCCCGUUUGUCACAAAAAUUACUCUAAUCUCAUGGCCUUGAAGAACCAUGAACGCAAUCACUAUGAAGCAAAAAGGCAUCAUUGCUCGCAGUGCGGAAAGACCUUUAAGUGGAAGAGGCAGCUAACCAGGCACCAGUUUGUUCAUGCACAAGAAGAGUCCCAGACUGGCUCCCAACCACCCCCAGGAGAACAAAAAGCAAGUACAGUAAAUGACCGUCAAGCUGAAAGGUCCGCUGGAUUUAGUAAGAGGUCCAGAAAAUCCAGUAACCCCAUUUCCGCAAACUCAAAGAAGAAGCGUGGUUAUUUUGGUAACCAAGCACCAUCCACAAAAGAACCCGUUUGCAAAGCUUGUGGGGUUUUGUUUUCCAGCAACGAUGAGCUAAGAAUUCACGCUUGUAGUGAAAGCCAAAUUAAAAUACCAAACCCUAUCAACGAACUAGGAAAGCCCACCUUGUCAAAGAAGGUUGCAGAACGCCCAUAUGGUUGUGACCUAUGUGGCCGCAGCUAUCGGCAUGCCGGGAGCCUUCUCAACCACAAGAACACUCACAAAAAAGGGCUUUAUAAGUGUUCGUUAUGCAACAAGCAAUUUUCCAACCCUAUGGCCAUAAAAAACCAUCUCCGCACUCACACAGCCAAGAAAGAUUUUGAGUGCAUGGAGUGUGGAAAGGCGUUUCGGUCUUCCCGAGAGCUGGUCUGCCACAUCAGAGUUCACGCAGGUGUAGGGCCCUUCCAUUGCCCAAUUUGCAAUCGUGAAUUUAGUAGCAAACUGACGCUUAGGCACCAUCAAAGGACACACAAAAAAUCUAGUUCUUUCCAGUCUUCCUCUCCAAGAGUGCAAUCUGAUGAAACAAACGUUUGUGAAAACAACACAUCAGAGCCUCGCACGGCGGAGCCAGCUCAGGUUUCCCCACCCAGCCAAGAACGCAAAUACAAGUGCAACCAGUGUGAUCGGUCCUACCGCCAUGCCAGCAGUCUAUUUAACCACAAAAAAACUCACAGGACUGGUGUCUACAAGUGCCCUGACUGCCUCAAGGAAUUCUUUAACCUGAUGGCCUACAACAACCACCUCCGUAUUCACAAAUACCCUUGCAAAGACUGUGGAAAAGCUUUUCGUAUUGCUAGUCACCUUACAGCUCACCGCAAGAUCCAUGAGCAAGAAGGAAAUUUCACUUGUUCACUGUGUGACCAGUGGUUCUUAUCUCAGUCCAGUUUUGAACAUCACCAAUUGACACAUAAUGGCCCAGCCGAUGAUGUUCUAGAGCCUCAGCCGGUGUCCAACUUGAUGGUCGAAGUGACAUGAGUGCAGCAGCGGUGGACCAUGCCCCUUGUGUGUAUCCGUAAAUUAU